AUGGCCAUGCACCAUCUCUCCCAGGGGCACCCGCAGGCCUGGCCAUGGGGGGUAGCCAUGUACACCAACCUACACUACCACCACCAGUACGAGAGGGAGCACCUGUUCGAGAAAACCUUGACGCCCAGCGAUGUAGGCAAGCUCAACAGGCUGGUGAUCCCCAAGCAGCACGCGGAGAGGUACUUCCCCCUCAACGGCGGCGACUCCCCCGGCGACAAGGACCUGCUCCUGUCUUUCGAGGAUGAGGCCAGCAAGCCGUGGCGGUUCCGGUACUCGUACUGGACGAGCAGCCAGAGCUACGUGCUCACCAAGGGCUGGAGCAGGUACGUCAAGGAGAAGCAGCUUGACGCCGGAGACAUCGUGCACUUCGAGAGGGUGCGCGGCCUUGGCACAGGCGACCGUCUCUUCAUCUGCUGCAGGCGCCGUGGCAAGAGCGCGCUGCCACCACCAGUCCGCGUAUCUCCGCCUGCUCUGAACGCCGGGGAGCAGCAGCCUUGGAGCCCGAUGUGCUAUAGCACGUCAGGAUCAUACCCUACCAGCCCUGCCAACUCCCACGCCUAUCGCCGCUCCGUGGAGCAAGAUCACAGCGACAUGCUGCAUGCAGGUGACUCGCCGAGAGAGGCAAAUGCCAAGAGCAGUACGGCAUCGGGGCCGCCGUCGAGACGUCUCCGGCUGUUCGGAGUCAACCUCGACUGCGGUCCGGAGCCAGAGGCAGAGGCAGCAACGCCAAUGUACGACUACACCCACCAGAGCCCCUACGCUGCAGUGGUCACGGUGCCAGCUUACUGGGCCAGUUCAUAAGAUGGUGAGGUCUGAAGCCAUGCUCGAGUAUCCUAACAACCAGCAGUGAAACUAGUUACUACUCCCACCAGACAGCCUACUAGGCUACUCUGGACCGAGUGACAGGCUUGAAUUGACCCUUGGAAGGAAAAGGAAGAGGAAGUGGAAGAUCCCUUGUUUCCCGGGCAAUCUUCCUUCCAUCCACAGAGUGCCCUUUUUUUCUAUGUUUCUUUCUUCUGGUCUUCCAGAGACCCUACUCGAUCGCAUCGCAGUACGGGGCCCUUAGCAGGUGGCAGGUUUCAGGAAACAUCAGGUUGAAAAGGAGAGGGAGUAAGAGAGAUAGAAGGAUGGUGACACACAUGAAAAACAAAAGGACAUGCUUAGCAAGCAUGUGUGUAUGUAUGUGUCAUCUGUAUGUACUGGGUCCAAGAACAAACUAUGAAGUUGAUGUAUCCUCUCCAGCCUCCUCAAGAAACAAAGUCAUAUCCCCCAUGGGCCAUGGGCAUGGAGAUUUUGUUCUCUCCCUUCUUGCCUCUUCCAGUA